GAGAGAGAGAGAGAGAGAGAACAACAUCUAAUGCAGGUCAGUAGGGGAAGGCAGAGAGCAAACAGGAGGGUCAGAUAGAGAGUUGUGUGACGGACAGACGGAAAGAACGACUUUCAGGAGAAACCCGGACAAAUUUUACUUUUUAAACAUGACGAUGUCACUAUUCAGCGUAAGGUUAGAGGGAUCUAGAACAAGCUAGUGCAGACUAAGGGGGGAACCAGUAGGAAGGGAGUCUGUAAGCCUAUGAAGGUCUAUGAAGAGCAACAGGUGUCAAAAGAUCAGAAGAUAGAAGACAGAGAAGAUAGAAAACAGGCGUUUGUGACGGGAAAAUCAAAAGCAUCUUCUGACGACCGAGAGAGUGAAGGACAGUAUCAGCGGCAGAGUGUCCUGUGUGCCUACAGAGUUAUUCUGUGUGAAGGCUUGGAAGUUCACUUCGAAGGUAAAUUGGGUGAAUAAUAUAGUGCUGCAAGUGGGACAAAUCGAGUCGGGGAGAGAGGGGGGGAGAGGGAGAGAGAGAGAGAGAGAGAGAGAUAGAGACCUGGAGGGAGAGGUACAUCAGGACUUUCUUUUCUAAAAAGGAAUCUAAUGUUAACAAGGGAAAGGUAGGAGUCAGCAUGACAAUCAUCCGGUAGGUAGGGGGCUCAAACUCUUCGUCUAAAAUCACUGACAACUGAAAAAGGUAUCUGAGCAAAAAGUACAGUUCCACCGGAUGUCAGGAGAAACAACAUCCAUCGACAUAUUACUUAGAGCUGAAGUCCGUCCAUCCAUCUCACCCAGACCCCGUCUCCUCCUCCACCCUCUCCCCAGCCGACCCCCCCCCCCCCCCCCCCCCCCCACCCCCAGCCCCCCACCCCGGCCGUGAACCAUGGCCUCCGCGGGCCUGGAGCUGACGGGCUUCUUCCUGGGCCUGCUGGGCAUGCUGGGCACGCUGGUGGCCACGGUGCUGCCCUACUGGCGCACGUCGGCCCACGUGGGCUCCAACAUCGUCACGGCGGUGGAGAGCAUGCGGGGCCUGUGGAUGGAGUGCGUGUACCAGAGCACCGGCGCCUUCCAGUGCGAGACCUACAACUCCAUGCUGGCGCUGCCGCCGGACCUGCAGGCCUCACGGGCCCUCAUGGUCAUCUCCGUGGUGCUGUCCGUGCUGGCCGUCGCCGUGGCGACCCUGGGCAUGCAGUGCACCGUGUGCCUGGAGGGCGCCCCCGCGGCCAAGAGCCGGGUGGCGGGCGCGGGCGGGGCGCUGUUCUUCACGGCGGGCUUCCUGUCCCUGAUCCCCGUGUCGUGGACCACCCACGAGGUGGUGCAGACCUUCUACCAGCCCGGCCUGCACAACAGCAUGAAGUUCGAGCUGGGCCAGAGCCUGUACCUGGGCCUGGCGUCGGCUCUGUUCUCCCUCCUGGGGGGGGCGCUGCUGUGCACCUCCUUCUGCCAGGAGGGGGGCGGCGCCCGGGGGAACGGGGCCGGGUACCCCUACCCGGGGUACCAGGCGGCGGGAGGGGGCGGUGGGGGGCUGCGGACCUCCUCGCAGACCUACCGCAACCCCGCCCUCCAGGUGGGCGGGGCUAACGCGGGAGGCCGGGCGCACGGCCUGAGCCGCAGCGCCGGCGGGGGGUCCGGGUACGGGGGCCACGCGACCCGGGGCUCCAAGAAGGCACCGGGGUAUGAUGUCACGGGGUACGUCUGAGGGGUACCCCCCCCCGACGGACUCACAUGCACGCUCACACACACACACACGCACACAGGCACGCAUACACGCAAGCACGCUUGUACACACUCAAUCACACACACACACACGCAGGCAUACAUGCACGCACACACACACACACACACACAGACACACACCAUAUUGUCAAAAACGCACACACACACACCAUGGAUUUUCCUCAAAGGAGGGCAUUUGAGAAGAAAAUACGUGGGACAACUCCUGAUCAAUACUUGUGUCCUAUUGUCAGUAGUGUGUUUUUGGACUUCACUGUCAGAAGACAUUUUAUGAAAUGAUUUCAUCUAGGUUUGUAUUUACUCCCAGUAUAUACACUGUUCUGUUUUUCACAAAAUAAUGUUUGUUUAAGGAAGAUAGUUAUUCUUGGCAUACGGUUGCAUCACAACCCUGAAAUGUUGUUUUUUACCCCAUUUCUCUACAACUUGGCUAAACACACUUACUUUGGUAACUCAAUGAGUCGAUGGCAUCCAUACGUUUUCCAGUUUAAUGUGCAGUUAGUUACUAAGCACAGGGAUUUGGAGGGGGAUUGCCUUAUCAGAUGGGAGACACUUGAUGACCUCACUUCCUCACACUAAUCAGUCGCUUACCUCCUCGUCAGUGUGGCUUACGAAAGGUCAUGGAGGCUGAAGUCAGGAGGAUGUACCUCAUGCUUUGGCUUGUGAGGGGUGAACGGGAUACAUUCGCGGUGUGUGUUAAAGAUACACAUGUCCCAGUUUAGCCCAAGAGUGGAUAAGGGCGAAUAAUGUUUUUGGUGCAGAGGUUGAAGAUCAGUUUGUUGGUCAAACUGUUUUAGACAUUGUUUUCCUCUUCUGUAUAAAAAGAAAAUUCCAACUGAAAUGUUCUCUUUGAAUGUGAUGCGUGAUAGAAAACAAACCAGUGAUGGCGGUUUUAGAUCCACAUCACUGGUUUAUAAUUGAAUGUAAUUAUUCAUCUUUUAUGAAAUAUGUUUGAGUUUGGCUUGCUUUGUUUUGUUUUUAUUUAGGAAAUAAAUAAGUUUGUUUCAAACCGUA